AUGCGUGGACCCUACCGAGUCGUGAAAGCUCUAUUGAACGGACGAUAUGAGCUCAAGUUACUGAGUGGCAGCUACGGGGAGACUACACAAACUGCGGCACGAUACAUGGUGCCUUGGCGUGGCGAUGGUGUCCCGAGUCAUGUGCAGCCUUCUUUAAGAGCCAGAUUGGCCUUGGCGUUCAGUGUUAAGACUUCAGGCUCCAAGGCCUUGGCGUCUAUUUCUUUGAUUAACAGAUUUGCUGAUGAGAAUAAUAGUGAAGACGAGUCACCGGACAGAGCACUAUCUUCGGGGAUAGGACCCUCGAUGCCUUCCUUCAAUGUGACCUCAGAGCUUGGAGCCGUUAGCGUCCCAGCGGCUCUAUACUACUGGUCCCAGCGGUUCUCUACUACAGCCAGGGGUCAGUCUUUCGAUACCGUUGCUGGACGAAGACGUUGA